GUUGAAGGAAAGUUUGCUGAUUCCUUCGAUGGACCCGGAGAAGCAAGCUAAAGCAAUGUAUGAAAAAGCAUUGCAGCAGUACGGGAUUGUUGGACGAACACUGAAGGAGAUUUGCAAACCCUGGCAAGCCAAGGGUUGUCAGUGUGCUGGUUCUUCGGACGAGGUAGCACUAACAUGUCGAAGCAUCGGCCUGGAGACGAUUCCGGUUAACCUGCCGGCGGAGCUUGUCAAACUUGACAUCAGCAGCAACAACAUCUCUAGUUUACCAAAUAAAUCGUUCGAUAUGCUACCAAAUCUAGAAGAACUGACUCUUUCCCACAACAGGAUAGAAAACAUCGACAGUGAGGCAUUCUUCGGACUGUCGAGUCUGAAAAAAUUGGUGCUCCAAAAUUGCGGCCUCGUGCGUAUUCCGGCGGAAGCCCUGCAUCAAGUUCGCACCAUUUCCUCCCUGCAGUUGGACAGCAACCUGAUUGCCGGAGUGGAGAACGUAACCUUUCGUGGGUUCAACUAUCUGAAGAGUUUGAGACUGGAAGGCAAUCUGCUGCAACGGAUUCCAACGGAAGCGUUGAUCGGAUUGAGAUCACUAGAAGCUUUAAACUUAGGGAAUAAUUUAUUAACUACAAUAAGGGAAGGAGAUUUUCCGCUUUUGGAAAGUUUACAUAUUUUAUUAGUGAAGAGGAAUCAAAUAAGUGAAAUAACUUCCGGUGCUUUAACAAAUUUAACUCGUUUAAAAGUUCUAGAAUUAGAUGAUAAUGCAUUAAGUUCAGUGCCUGUUGGCUUGGAGAAUCUCGUGAUGCUGCAGGAAUUGUCGGCAUCAGGAAACCGUAUCCGAUGGAUCUCGAAGGAUGAUUUCCCCAAAAGUCUAGUCACACUUGAGCUCAAAUCUAAUCCACUAGUUGGCAUCAAGCCAGGUGCACUACAGAAUAUGUCACGGCUUCGAAAGUUAAUUCUUUCCGAUGUUCGGGGCCUUCAAGAACUACCUCCACUAGAUGGCUGCACUUCGCUGGAAGUGCUGCGGAUCGAUAGAGCCAACCUUACCAAACUACCUGAUCAUAUUUGUAAGACUUCGCCACGCUUAAGGAGUUUAGACUUGAAAUCCAAUAGAUUGAGAAGCAUUCCAAAUGUGACAAACUGUCGUGAUUUAAGAGUUUUAGAUUUAGCCGGUAAUAGUAUAAGCUCAGUGCACGGAGCCCCCUUCUCUAGUCUCGGCCAGCUGCACGAUCUGCUGCUAUCCAAUAACGAAAUCGAAUCGAUCCCGUACGAUGCAUUCGUUGGCCUCUCUCGAUUGCAAGUCCUCGACAUAGAAGCAAACCGUAUCUACUUCAUUCACCAGGACACCUUCCGGCCACUAGUCAAGCUGGAAGAUUUAAACCUAGGGAAUAAUUUGUUUCCCCAUCUGCCCACGGCAGGGUUGGCACGUCUACUACACCUGAAGACAUUCAACAACCCUAACCUGAGAGAAUUCCCUCCACCGGAGUCCUUUCCCCGUAUUCAGACGCUUGCACUUUCCUACGCCUACCACUGCUGUUCGUUUCUGCAGCUGGUGGCGAGGGCUCCCAAAGUUUCUAAGCAUCAUCCCAUCAAGGAGGAGGUCCUCUUUCCGAUUGACAACGAGUUCGACAUGAGUUUGUGGAAUAAUAGCUACAACGACAUCUGGCCGCAAUUGCACAAUCUGAGCAAAAAGUUCGGCACCCAAAUCAACGACCUGCUGCACGCCUACGGUCCCGAAUACUAUCCAGGCGGAAUGCCAACCUAUCCGGAGGAGUAUUUCGAAGAGGAAGGUGGCGCCGGUCAUCCAAUCCCCACCGCACAACCAGGCACCAUUCAGUGCGUUCCGGAGCCGGGUCCAUUCAUGCCAUGUCAGGACCUGUUCGAUUGGUGGACGCUCCGGUGCGGUGUCUGGGUCGUAUUUCUUCUGGCGAUGCUUGGAAAUGGGACGGUCGUGUUUGUGCUCAUCUUCUCCCGAUCAAAAAUGGACGUGCCACGAUUUUUGGUGUGCAACUUGGCCGCUGCAGAUUUCUUCAUGGGAAUCUACUUGGGAUUUCUCGCGGUCGUAGAUGCUUCAACGCUGGGUGAAUUUCGCAUGUAUGCAAUUCCGUGGCAGAUGAGCGCUGGGUGUAAGCUAUCUGGAUUCCUGGCGGUGCUUUCAUCGGAACUUUCCGUUUAUACCCUAGCUGUGAUUACCCUGGAAAGAAACUAUGCAAUUACCCAUGCCAUGCAUUUGAAUAAAAGGCUAUCGCUGAGACAUGCUGGCUACAUUAUGACCAUCGGAUGGACAUUUGCCAUUACGAUGGCAAUCCUACCCUUAUUCGGCGUAUCUGACUACCGAGUGUUUGCUGUUUGUCUUCCAUUUGAAGUAACAAAUGGAACCGGUAGCUUAGCCUACGUUGUAUUCCUCAUGUUUAUCAAUGGUGUAGCUUUCCUGACCUUGAUGGGCUGCUACUUGAAAAUGUACUGCGCAAUCCGAGGUUCCCAGGCGUGGAACUCGAACGAUUCACGAAUAGCAAAGCGGAUGGCUCUUCUAGUCUUCACCGACUUCAUCUGUUGGUCUCCGAUAGCGUUCUUCUCACUGACUGCCGUUUUUGGACUGCACCUUAUCUCUCUAGAGCAAGCCAAAGUAUUCACCGUGUUCAUUCUACCUCUAAAUUCCUGCUGCAACCCGUUCCUCUAUGCCAUUCUAACCAAACAGUUCAAGAAAGACUGCGUCCUUAUAUGCAAGGCAAUUGAGGAGUCACGGGUGACGCGAGGUAUCGGUCGCUGUCGUCACAGUUCCAACUUCAGCAAUCGUCACACCCCGGCGAACACUAAUUCGUUGGUGGAAAGAUCUUCCCGCGAGCUUCCGCCGCUGCUACCUGGCCAAACGUGCAACUGUUCGGCGAAACUAAUGGAGCAGGAAAACCUACGCCGGCGCCUUCAACAGCAGAGUACAUUUUCCAAAACGUGGCGCCGGUUACUGUGUAACCUGGGUCAACGUAACGAAGGUCGUCGUGGCAGACGGAACGGUGACCAGUAUGCUUAUCAAAUCGCAGAAAUACAGCAGAAGCAGCACAAGCGUGCCGGGUCGGUAUCGUCCAGUGAGAACUUUAGCUCAUCCAGAUCGGACUCCUGGCGACAUGCUCAGCAUCACUGCGGAAUUCCACUGCGGCUGCUGGAUCCCAGGCGGAGGCACACGUCGUGGUUGAUCACGCGAAAGACCUCGCAGGAUUCGAAUCUGUCCAGCUCGCGCAACGAUUCGUCCGGAUCGACCGCCACGCAAAGCACCGGCACGUGGAGGAUAUCGCGAUCCAGUGCCAGCAAUUCGGUGGUGCUUCCCGGGCUGAAAGUCGAUGGGAUUGCACAUCCACAUCAUACCAGUGGUGCUCGUCAAUCAAUCCCGGGUGGUAAGCCCCGUCUCGUGCGUCAAUCGGCCGUCCAGGACGAUUCGCAGGAGCUUUCCUGUUCGCCACCGCGACUGGGUGUACGUUUCCUGCCUACAAUUCCAUCGGCAGCAGACAGUAGCAUACAACUGGACGAUGACACAGCCGAAGCACAUUCGAGUCCCUCGUCAAGUCACAGUGAACCUGCCAUCUGCGGUGAGGAUAUCGAAGCGGCUGGUGCCAGUGGAAGUGACCAACAGCAGCAGCAACAGCCCUCACCGGCUCCUUUCUAUGCCAUCCUACACGGGGGCAAUCCUCAGGCAACCGUAUCUAGUCUCAAAGAUAAAACCAAGCCGCCGUGAGCGGCUAGAGAUCCGCUCUAGGGUUAAGGAUAUGCUACAAGUAUUAAUCUCCGCAUUCUCUGUCUCCCUCUCGUUCAUUUGUUUCGAUUUCUCAAGUGCUGAGUCAACGACGUUUAAUUAGUCAAAAAUAUCCCAUUAAUUUGAUUUCCAUGAAGGUGAGCACCAUCACGAGAGCUCAAAAUGACACUUUUUUGAACACUGACAUCUCAGCAGAAUGUUUUAUCAUACGAACGGCAUAAAUUUUACAUACUAUUAGCGAUAAGGAAAAUCCGAACCAGUGUGAUACUUAAAUGAAUACUUUUUUUUAUCGAUAGACUAUUGGAAUAAUUUAUUGUAAAAUGUUUAGGAUAGCAAAUGUCAUGACAUUGGGGCAUUCAAUGCGAAGAAAGCGCAGAAAUUUCGGUAGCAAAGGCAAUUAUCUGUUAUUCUGCGAGCGGUAAAUCUAGUCAAAUUUAUCACGAAAUCCAGUAUGGCUGCAUGCAAGCUUUCUUGUACGCUACCACUUGCACACAAUUUCCUACUCAGGAAAAAAUAAAGCUCUCCUCUCCUAGAACGGGAGGCUUAUCCUGAACCGAGACUGCCUCAGGAUAGCACACAUUGCCUUUGCCGCUGACUUUUCACCAAAAGCUACAUUUCUCCAGCAAUUUAACGUGAAAAAAACUGAACGAUAAAAGCUCAAAUUCAGUUCAAAGCAACAGAAAUAAAACGGAAAACUCGUGAGAAAAUCACCGUCCACAGACAAUAACUCAUUGCAUCCUGAUGAUGAAAAACAGUUGAAUGCUUUCUCGUUUUCGCCAGAAAUAAAACAUGUUUAAACAAUAGCGUAAAACCUACAACAACAACUACAAAUGUGGAAGCAACCUGAAAAUGUAUAUUGUAUUUACAUGUAAGUCUGAAGUAGAAUUUGAAAGCUGCCAAAAAAAAUCUCAAGACAUGCGGAAACUUUUCAAAGCAAAAACUGUAUCUUAAAUCAACACUGCCAUUCGAAUCAAAAUUAGCAUUUUUCUAUUAGGUAAGAUGAAUAGAUUUAUAAACUUGAACAUGGUUAGGAAUAAAAUAUGUUCGUGAUACCAAAUGUGGAAGGAAAUUAUUUUACUGUGAGAAUCCAGAGUGCAUGAGAAGAAAGUAAGAAAAUUGUACUGCAGUAUUAAAAAAAAAUUGAAAUUAAGAUAACAGAAUGGUUAUUGGAAUAGAACGAUCAACGAUGGUCGAUUGUACAUAAAUAAAACAUGACAGAGAUUGAAAAUUUAACAAAACAGAAAUCAAAAACAGACAGUGUAUCCUACGGUGUGAAACAACUUCUAACACAAUUUAUACUCGUUGCAUGUUUUUGUUGUCCGACGGGAAGGGAAGCCAACCAGCAAACCAGAUAGGGCCGAAAAGAUAGCGCAUGUGAGAACGAGAACCAAACAAACAACACAUUGUUUCGGAAAGUUGAAGUGCAAGGUGACGCAUGAAGAUGAGAAGAUAAUAGAUAUUAUAUAUUUAUUCCAAAAAAUACUAACUUUACAGGUCUACCGUAACUUUAAAAAAGUUAUUGGAACAAAUUUACAUACAAGUGAAUAAAGAACCAUAA